AUGUCCUGCUCUGACGAUGUCCGUCACAUGACGGACGGAAACUCGGCAAGGAUUCUUCGUGGUCGCAUGGCGGUGCGCCGAGGGCCUAUUCGCACAAAUCGACAACCACAGCUCCAAGGCAACCCCCCACAGCCUCCGGUGGAACCAACCUACGAAUCCAUUCCACUCGCCUCUGCAAACGAAAGGAAAGGUACUCCUUCAUCAGUCUUUUAA